AAUAGACUCUGUGGGGACCAACUCAGUUUCCCUGAGCUGGAGCAAUCCUUCCGGUAUGGAUGGGAUCCUAUAUAGCUUUAACAUAACCUACUCCAGCUCCUCUAUCAGUUACCAAGUCUCCACUAGUGGAAGCAUCAAAUCCAUUAUCAUCUCUAACCUGAUACCGGGAAGCAAGUAUGUUUUCAAUAUCACCACAGUGCAGGCCCAUGGAAGUCAGAGCACUCCUGUCUUACAAUCUCUCUAUACAAUUCCUUCCCCACCUGGAGAGAUAAGAUUCGACUCGGUGGACACUAACUCGGUUUCUCUGAGCUGGGGGGAACCUUUUGGUAUGGAGAAGGCAUCGUACAGCUUUAAUGUAACCUACUUCAGCUACCUUUUGGGUCAUCAAGGCUACACCAUUGCCAACUCAAAUUACACUGUCAUCUCUAACCUGGAAUCAGGAACUGAGUACUUCUUCAAUGUCACCACUGUGGUGGGAAAGGGAGCCAGCAGUAUACCAGAUAAUGGUGGACAAAGCACACCUGUUUCAAAAUCUCGCUACACAAAAGCUGCAAACCGUGCAAUUCUUUCUGUAAAAUACAGGUGCUCUGAUGAACCACAACAGUGCCAGAAGAUAGUAGAGGAAAAGUUUCGAGCCAUAUUGGGGAAGUAUCUAUCUGGAGUGCCCUGGAGCAUGAAAAUUCGAGACAACCGGAAAGGGAAUUAAUCAUAAUGCUGAUGAUAAAGAGCAUGCAUAUAUAGUACAGUCUCAUAUUCAUGUGAUUCAGCUAUCUGGCAUUUCUGUGUAUCAGAUGCAAAUGACAUUGCAUUCAAAUUAGCUGUACGGAUUUUUCAUAACUAUAUAUUUAAAAAAUAUAUGCAAGUUUUUACUUAAGGGACCAUGGUUUAACUGCUUUUUCUAUUGUGUUGGUGACAUACAAGGGAACUUGCUCUAACUUGUUAAUAAAUACCCAAGAUCUCAAGUUAUAUAAAUUUAUAUUUUAAA